UCCAGCGAUUAAUGUCUCAGUCGCCUUCGAGACGUCAAGGGAGAAGGAGCGACGAAUUUUCUCCCAGCACUGACAGGGUGUCCCACGUUCAAACCAUGACGCUGAUGUCAGCAAGACUGAUGUCAGGCCAUCUGCAGCGUCUUAGAGGCUGCUUUGUCCACACAGCCUCAGGAGGGGCUUGGAAGGAGAGCUUUGCCGAAGACAUCGACCCCCAGCAGUUUGCCCUUCUGGAAGAGCAGUGCAUCCUGGUUGAUGAGAAUGACACAAACAUCGGCGCUGCUUCCAAACGGGAUUGCCACCUGAUGCAAAAUGGGACUAGUCCUCUCCACAGAGCAUUCAGUGUAUUCCUCUUCAAUUCUUCAGGUGAACUUCUUGUGCAUAGACGGUCAGAUGCUAAGAUUACAUUCCCCGGCCACUACACCAACACAUGCUGCUCACAUCCCCUAUACACACCCAAGGAAAUGGAGGAGGAGGAUGCCUGGGGAGUGAGAACGGCUGCCCAGAGACGCCUGGAGUUUGAGCUGGGCAUUCCCCACGAGCAGGCACAGCCCAAGGACUUCACAUACCUGACCCGCAUCCAUUACGCCAGCCCAUCCAGCGGUAGAUGGGGGGAGCACGAGAUGGACUACAUCCUGUUCCUGCGCGGUGAUGUCUCAGUGAGCCCCAAUGAGAACGAGGUCCAGGACGUGAGAUAUGUGAAGCGCGAGGAUUUCUCAAGGUUUCUGAGCAGCCUGCGGGAGAAUGACGUCCCCAUCACUCCUUGGUUCCGCCUCAUAGCCCAGAAAUUCCUGCCGCUUUGGUGGAAGAAUUUGGACGACAUUGGCAAGUUUAUUGACCACCGCCAGAUACACAGGAUGAUAAACUGAUUGGGUCUAGAGUUAACUAGCAUAUAGGGAGUCAAAUAUUCCAUUUUUAUUUAAUGCAAUAGGCUUAUUUUAUGAUCUGGAUUUUACUAUUAUAAAAUGGUCAAUCUUUUACUUACUUUUCUCUUUUUCCUUUUAUAGUGUAGAAAUUAAGCUCAAAAUUUAAUACAGCUUGACAUUUGUAAUACAGAAAUGACAGAUACGUGGAACAACCUACAGGGCUUAAUAGUAAUACUUGGUUCAAGGAAAAGAAUCUCUGAUGAGAACUAGGCAGCAUAAGGCCUUAAAUUAUUGCAAUUUAAUAUGUUAAGUGAAAUAACAGAGUGCAUAGCAAAAAAAAACAUGUGCAGAGACAGGGCUACCACCAUGGGAAGGCAAAAUCCUGGUGCAAUUUAAGGCAUUUAACUGGCAGAUGCAGGGGGAAAUUAUCCUAUCCUUGAAAAGAGGAAGAGAAUACAACUUAAAGUAAAAGAAAAUAUGUUUGUCUCAUCUGCAACAUCAAGACUGCCCUGCAUAUACAAGCAUCUUCAAGGAUAAUGACAAUACUUGUACUAUACUUAAUAAGGAAACUUUAAUGCUAAAAAUGUUCUUGCUUGUCUUUUGUGUUGUGCAUUGUAAUUCCUCUGUCAAAGGAUCCAGCCUCUCUAACAAGCUUUAAAAUCUGUGAUAAAUAUUCCAGUGUCCUACAAGGAUUAUCUGUUAGAAAAAGAUAGGUAAUAGUUUUAGUUUGAAACUUUUUCACAAGACUAACUAGAAGGAAAAAUAUUUCUAAUACACUUCUUUAAUGCAUGUACUUGACAACACUAUACACUUGGGCACAGUGACACAAUCAUAGUUACAAACUAUAUUGUGGAGCAACUCUUUCUUCAUAUAUUAAUGGUUUAGUGAGAAAUCCCGGGAACAUAACCUCCUGUCAUACCAAAGACUCCUCUGCUAUUAAGAACAAUGAGCAUGUAUUAAUUACACAUUAUAACAUUGACUGUCACACUCACUUAACAUGGUGAUAAUCUAAACACAAAGGUAAAAUAAAACCAUUGCUUUGGAUUUUUUAUGAUAAUUUGUUUUUUACCUUACUGAACUGAAACACCUUAUGGUAAUUUUAGUAAUAAACACCUCAAACAGCUUAUUUCUGAAUGUGGAAAGCAACAGAAAGGCUUUAAAAGAAUAGCAGGAAGGGCUUGAAUGAAAUAAAAAAAAUCUUGAAAAUCUGUAUUGCCUCAUCUUCAUCUUCUAAAUACCCAAAAUUGCAUGAUAUAUACUAUACUUUGUUUUUUUCUACACUACAGCUGACUAAACACAUUAAAAGUGGGAGCUAUGUUCAUGUUAUAUACAAUCUCACACAAAAAAGAAAAUUGAUAUUCAAUCUCAUUUUAUUUUUAAUUUCUGAAAAAGGAAAUUAUACAAAUGUAAUAAUAAUAUGAUUAUAAUAAUUCCAAAAGAAACUACAAAUAAAAUAACUUUUCAAUCAUUGCUAUAAUCAUCCUAUUCCUAGACAGAUAAACCCAAUGACGCUUUGAUCUUCGUGCAUUAUAAAGUGUUAAAUAAAUUUUGAAAGACCGG